GUCCUCGAUCGAUUGCUUUUGUCGAGUUUGGUGUUGUUCUGUGACGUUUAUUUUUAAGUAUAAAGAAAAUGGUCUAAAGGAGAAAAAUAUUGUUUUGAUUAAUAUUUUUUUUACAUAAGAUUAGUUUUCCAAAGAUAUCGUUAUGGAACCUACAUUGGAUGCGUCCUUAGUGGCGCAAUCUAUCAACUAUCAUGGUCAACAGUUGCAAAAAACGUGGGAAGCAGAGAGAGGAGAGGAUGACCUAGCUAAGAUAGGAGUUAAUGGACUGGAUUUCGCUGUAUACCAAUUCAGACACAAGCACUUAACAUUUCAAGACCGUGGGAAGCGAUUGAAACUUCAUCAGUUCAUUGCCAAGGAAGCCAAUGCUUUAUUUGACUCUACAGUUCAGGAAGAAGCCCCAUCAUCGUCCAGCUUGGCAGCUGAUGUGCCUGCACCAGAAGACAAUUUGUAUGCACUGAUGCCACCUUUUGAAACAUUCCUGAAUGUUGACAAAUCUGCAAGGCUGAGACACUUUUUUGAUAAUGUUCGAACAGGAGAGCUGAUCAUAGGGGCUGUAAUCAACAGAACAGCAUCAGGAAUGAUGUUGAAGGUCCUAUGCACAGCCGGACCAACUUCCAGAUAUGUUGCAGAUAUUAAUGUGAAGGCAUUUUUACCAGUUUCGAAUAUCAUACCAGCAGUGGACAAGAAAAAUGUGUCAAGAAACUACCUCAUGAAUGACACUGUGUGCUGUGAAGUUAUUGAAGUGAUCCCCGAUACGGACAAAAUGGUCUGCGGCAUGAAGGGAGUCACUCGUGGGCCAGAUGACCCCCCACCUAAACCACCGCUAGGACUACUCAGCACUGACGACUUUCCAUUGGUCUACAAGAAAACAGUGGAUAUGAAGGGUGAGAGUUAUGAAGGCAUUUUGGAGAAGAGUCCAGGCUUCAAUAACCCCAACUGCGUCCAAUAUCUCUCAGAACUACUUGGCAUCGCCAAUAUGCACUGCACCAACUUUGCAUCAUUGAGGGGAGGAUUUGUGACUACAGAAUACGCCGACGAGCUUCGUCAAGCCCAAGCCAGCAAGUGGGCAUUCCGCUCGGUUGCCGAAGGCAUCGAGCACUUCAAAGCAGGACGCCACUCUGAGGCAUUCCAAUGUCUCAACAAAGCUCUUAGCAUUGACCCAAGGAACGUGGAAGGCUUAGUUGCCAGAGGAGCACUUUAUGCUAACAGUGGCACUUUCAAAAAAGCCAUAGAAGAUUUUGAAACUUCAUUGAAGUUGAAUCCGAAUCACGCUAAUGCUAGGAAAUAUUUGGGUGAAACACUGGUUGCGCUUGGACGCAGUUAUGAGGAUGAGAACAAGAUUACCGAAGCACAAAAGGCCUAUGAAGAUUGUCUAGCAAUCAUACCAUUUCAUGAGGAAGCCCAGAAUUCUUUGGACUUCCUAAAGAGUAAGACUUCGACAGUGAAGCCGUUGAUAGAGCCAGCUGAAUUGUUGUUACCUGGAUUGACCGGUGCUAAGUCAUUUGAGAUGAAGGAGACUCUCAAACAGCUGUUGAAUUUGACUGAGAAGAAGGACAAGAAAAAGAAGAAGAAACGCGGUAAGGGAAAGAAGAAGCGGUCAAGUAGUUCAUCAUCGUCAUCCAGUGAUUCUUCAAGCUCCAGCUCGUCUUCAGAAUCGUCGUCAUCUUCCUCGGAUUCUAGUGAUUCUGGAGGGCCGAAUCGCAAGAAGAAGCGUCGCUCGCGGUCCAACAACAAGCGCCAGCGUUCGCUCUCGCCGCUCAGCAAGCGAAUGGCGAUGCUCGGUGACGCCGACUCCGCCUCUAGGACUCACAACUCUCAAUUCAACCACCCAUACGGAUAUCAACCACCGCCGCCGCCCGUGGAAGAGGCCAACCCUGUGCCGAUAAGGUCGCAAGCCGAUAUUGAUUAUGAGUUGAAGGUAAGGAAAUUCUUGGAGAUGACAAAGGAGGACUCUGAUUAUGAGGACAAGGUGCGCAACUUCCUGGAAGAGACAGCUCAGUACAAACGAAACCGCAAGAUGCAGGAACUGGGCCAGCAGCCGCAGCCAGGUGCUGAACAUGACAAGAAGAAAAAGAAGAAGAAGGACAAAAAGAAGAAAAAGGAGUCAAAGCGCAAACGCAAGGAGCAAGAAAGAGAUGAGAAACGCAAAGCAAAAUUGGCGCGCUCCAACGAUUACAGCCUUCGGGAUCUGGAGAACAUUAGCGAUAAGAAGCUGAGGGAUGCUAUCAGGAAAGAACUAAAAGGGAAAUCAAAGAGGGAUCUUAGUUCAGAUGGCGAAUAUGAAAGAAAACAUGAUAAGAGGAUAAUCGACGAAAUGCAAGGCCUGGAGGAGCUAGAAUCGAAGCUGAGCGCGUACCACGUGAUGGUGGAGAAGGAAGUGCUCGGCAAGCGGGAGCGCGGGUCCCUCAGCCCCAUCGACCAGGCGCCGCCGCCGCCGCUGGAGAAGCCCAAGUGGAAGAUGUCCAUGAGCGCUGUCAAGGACUCUGUGAAGAAGAAGGAAGCUCCUAAGAGUUACAAAGAACGCUAUGCCUUCGAAGAUAGUUCUGACGAUUCUCAAGAACCAAAUAAGGCGGCGGGCGACAAGAACGUGUCGGUGCGGCGCGCCAUGGCCAUGAAGGAGCCGCCGCCCGCCAAGCGCGAGCCAGACCCGCCCGGCACCGAGCAGCAUCCGCCUGUGCGCAAAGGCAACGUGGUCCUUGACAAGUUCGGCUCGUUCCGUUUGGCUCAAGAAGGUGAGACUCCGGUCUCUGUGGGCGACGGUCGUCCUGAACAGUUCGUGACGCGCAUCAAGCCGCCCACGCCGGCUGGUAGGAGACCCAGGUCUCCACCCUCACCCAGAAGAAGGUCGUCCAACUCCUCAGAAGAUGAUCGGAGGUCGCCUAAGAGGUCUAGGAGCAGGUCUCGUCCGCGCAAGUACCGCUCCCGCUCGGGGUCGCGCUCGCGCUCGGGCUCCAGCAGCCAGUCGCCGUCGCCGCGCCGCCGCCGCUCGGCCUCCGCGCGCUCCCGCUCGCGCUCCGACGCCAGCCGCUCCUACUACAGCCGCUCCCGCUCCCGCUCGCGCUCCCGCUCCGCCGACAGAUUCCGCCGCACGUUCAACCGGCGCGGCAACUGGCGCGGUCGCGGCGGCUUCGAACGCGGCACGUACUACCGCCCCCGCUUCCACACGUACAACGGCGGCGGGCGGGGCCGGGGGAGGGGCGGGCAGGGCGACUUCCGUCGGGACGAUGGCAGGCGCUUCAACCCCGAGUGGAGGGACAGGGGGCAGAGGGGGGGCAGACCCUUCAGGCCUAGGAGGGGAGGCGGGGGGAGAGGAAGACCUUUCAGAGGUGGAUUCCGCGACUUUCGUGACCGCCGCGGAGGGAGGUAUUCGCGCUCCCGCUCGCCGGACAGGACCAGACGCUCCCGUUCUUACAGCCCCGAGAGGAGGGACAAGGAUAGGGAUAGCUACUCCAGAUAUUCUGCCGAGCGCGACAGCCACCGCAGUGAGGGCGAGUAUGAAGAAGAAAGAUUCGUCGACCGCAAGGAGUACGACGGCAAGUGGGCUGAUGGCAACGAGCAGCCAGAAAGACCCCAGCCUGAGGAGAAAGCCCCUGAACAGCCCCCUAAAGAAUAAACAAUUACACUGCAAUCUUAGACAUAGAUUCUAUGGUUAGGGACCUUUGCACGAGUUUGUUUCCACUUCUUAUUUGUAGUGUACAUAAUUUGGUACAAAUAGCAGCGAGUCAUUCCCAACUCGAUAUUUGUAUUCGUUUUGUAUUGUGAAUUGGGAAUUUCAUUACAUUUAUUUUGCCAUAUUGUAAUGCUUCAUAUUUUUGAUUUGGGAACUUAAAGUAAGAUAGGUAAAUGUAAGCAUUCCUAGUUUGGGCUCAAUGCCACACUUUUGUUAAAAGUCAUUAAUUAUAUUGUUCCUUGUAAUGUGUAAGGCAUUAACCAAAUUGCAUAAAAUAAAUGAAAUUUUAAUCA